AUGUCGAUGGGUUCCGGCGCAUCGACCCUGUUCUGGUUCGACCGGUGGGUGGGGGAUCGUCCCUUCGCCACCAGAUUCCCAGACUUGUUCUCCAGUACAGUGGACCCUGGGAUCUCCGUCGAGGUGGCCCUUGUUGACUUAGGGCGCCUCGCGUUCCAGAGGCCAUUUGGGCCUAUGGAACUUGUCGCCUGGCAGGAGCUCCUUGAGUGUAUCGCCCUCCAGUCACCAGGCGCGAAUCAGACGCACGAUCGCAUCUCCUGGCACCUGGAGACGUCUGGAUGCUUCUCCACCAAAUCUCUCUACCAGAACAUUGCGGCAUCUCCUGGCCCAGAGCCUCUGGCCCUAAUCUGGGCAAUUAGACUCCCACUUAAGAUUCAGAUCUUCCUCCGGCAAUGA